AUGAGACCCUCCUGGUUGCGAUGGUCCCUCCUCUCGCUGUUGGCAGCGCCUGCUUUGGGUACGCCUUCAGAUGCUAUUUCGGAUCAGGAAUCAGGAAAUAGUCUCGUCAAGAGGUGGGACCGAGGAGUGGACCCCGAAACACCCUCAAUAUUCAACGGUGUCGAGGUGCCUCCAUUGACGCAGCUGACCCCGGACAAUUUCGAGGAAGUGACCAAAAAUGGCUAUUGGAUGGUCAAACAUUACUCCCCUUCUUGUCCGCAUUGCCGAACGGCGGCUCCGAUGUACCAGACCCUAUAUGAGUACUAUUACACAUCCAAUCCUUUUAUCCAAGCCACGACAAAGCCCGAUGAGGUCCAGGCGCAACAGUCCUUUACCAGCUACUACAACAUCCAUUUCGCGUCGAUGAACUGCCAGGCCUUCAGCGACUUUUGUGCGAAGAUGGGCGUCAGUUAUUACCCCGCUUGGGCAUUCUAUGAUAUGGGUGUUCAAAACGAGCCUCCCGCUGGUGCCAAGAAGAUGUCCGACAUUGCCGACAUGAUCGAAGCCAAGCUUGAGUCCAUCAAGCCUGGAUCCCGACCUCCUCAAGGCGUUGUGAUCCCAAAGGCCGGUGUGAAGAACAUGGAAAUGAUUGCUAAGCCCGAAGUGGUCAAGCCUGGCGCGAAGACGGCUGUCGAGAAACAGAGCAUCGAGACCGCAGAAUUGGAGGGCGUCAGCGCUGAGUCUGUCAAGGCCAAGCUCCAAGGGCGGCCUGCUAAUCCCCAGGGUGUCUCCAUCCCACUCACUGCGGAAAGUUUCCAAGGCCUUGUAACGACUACCCAUGAUCCGUGGAUCAUCAAGUUCUACGUUCCGUGGUGCGGCCACUGCCAGGCCCUUGCCCCGAACUGGAAUUCAAUGGCCAAGGAGAUGAAGGACAAACUCAAUGUUGGCGAGGUUAACUGCGAACUCGAGAAGCGACUGUGCGAAGAUGCCCGCGUGAAUGCCUAUCCAACGAUCUACUUUUUCCGCGGCGGCGAGAGAGUUGAGUACACUGGCCUUCGGGGCCUGGGAGACCUGGUUUCUUAUACCAACAAGGCCAUUGGUGUGGGCUCCAGCAUUCAGGAUGUGGACGCCACUACAUUCAAGGAGUUGGAACAGACGGAGGAUGUUCUGUUCUUGUAUCUCUAUGAUCAUGCGACGACCUCUGAAGACUUCGAGGCAAUGAACCGCCUUACCCUCAGUCUUGUGGGUCAUGCGCGUAUUGUUAAGUCUGACAGUGCUGUCCUUUCCGAACGGUUCAAGAUUUCCACCUGGCCUCGUCUUCUCGUCGUCCGUGAUGGACGUCCCAACUACUACAAUGCGCUUGCGCCAAAAGACAUGAGGGAUUUCCGCCAAAUCCUGUCCUGGAUGCAAACCGUGUGGCUGCCCAUCGUACCCGAGCUCACCGCGUCCAAUGCCAAAGAAAUUAUGGAUGGCAAGUUUGUGGUUUUGGGACUCCUCAGCCGCCGUCGUAGCGACGAUUUCAAGCAGUCUAGGCGCGAACUGAAGGAAGCCGCGUUGGAAUGGAUGGACAAGCAAGUCCAGCUGUUCCGACUUGAGCGAGCUGAGCUUCGUGAUGCCAAGCAAUUGCGCAUCGAAGAGGCCGACGACCGCGAUGACCAACGUGCGCUACGGGCCGCGAAAAACAUGCGCAUCACGAUCCGCGAAGACGACAAGAAGCAAGUCGCAUUUGCCUGGGUUGAUGGCGACUUCUGGGAGCGCUGGCUGCGUACCACCUACGGUAUCGAUGUAGAAAGUGGUGACCGCGUGAUCAUCAAUGAUCAAGAUAACCGCCGCUAUUGGGAUACUGCUUCAAGCGGAGCUCCCAUUAUGGCCUCGCGGACCUCAAUCCUGGAGACUAUUCCGCUCGUAAUCUCCUCCCCCUCGAAACUCUCACCCAAGUCUACCAUUGGCACCUUCGAGAGCAUCUUUUUCUUCGCACGAACCCUCCUCGGUAGCCAUCCCAUACUCUUCUUCAUAAUCUUGGGCGCCGUGGUUGCUGUGGCCACCAUCUUCGGACGUGGACGUCUUCGCCGUGGUAUUGCACGCGGUGGCAUCAUUGGAAACCCCGGCAACAAUGGUGGCUUCUUCCACCUAGAUGGCAAGGAGGGCUUCCUGAAUGGAAACUCCACCGACAAAGUCGACUAA